CCCCCCGCGCGUCUCCGGGCCUUUGUAAGUUGUCAAAUUUCCCACCAGCCCUGCGGAUCCAGCCUCUUCCCAGCUGGGAACAGGAGGGCCUGGUUCCUAAUUCUGGCCGGUAAGGUGUUCCUACUUUCAAAAAUCUGCUUUCAGACUUAAAAAUUGCACUUUAAAUUGCGUUUUUGUAAAAGAGGAGGCGUCCCCCUAUGUCACCCAGGCUGGCCGUCUACACCUGGGCUCAAGCGAUCCUCCCGCUCAGCCUCCCUGGCAGGCAGAAAUUGUUCCCACUGCUGGUGUUCUGCAAGGUGGAGCCCACAGGUGCCAAGGGGAGCAGUACCCUGAUGGAGGCCCCUGCAGCUGUGAAGGCCGCUUUCCUGGCGCAGGCCCCGAGUGGCAGCCGGCCAGCGGAGGAGCAGGCAGCUCGGAGCACAGGUCCUGCACCACAGCCCGGCGCCCCCAAGGGAGAGGGCCACAGAGGGGGGCCUCCCUGGGCGCCGGGGUCUCUUGGCCUUUGUGAAAAUGAGGAAGCUGGAGAACGGCCCCGAGGUUCCCCUCGAGGCCCGGUCAUUUCUGAGAAAACCGGAGGACAGAGUGGCGGCGAGUCAAGCCCCGGGGCAGGGGGAAGGCAUGACUGGAAGGGGCGGCCCUUCCCGUGCAGCGCCUGCGGCCUCAGCUUCAAGUGCCCCUCCGACGCAGCGAAGCACCGCAGCAUCCACUCGGGGGAGAAGCCGUACGCGUGCAGUGACUGCGGCAAGGCCUUCAUCCACAGCUCGCACGUGGUCCGGCACCAGCGCGCGCACAGCGGGGAGAGGCCCUACGCGUGCGGCGAGUGCGGCAAGGCCUUCAGCCAGAGCUUCAACCUGCUCCGCCACCAGCGCGUGCACACGGGCGAGAAGCCCUACGCCUGCCAGGACUGCGGCAAGGCCUUCGGCCAGAGGUCGGACGCCGCCAAGCACCGCCGCACCCACACCGGGGAGAGGCUGUACGCGUGCGGCGAGUGCGGGAAGCGCUUCCUGCACAGCUCCAACGUGGUGCGGCACCGGCGGACCCACCACGGGGAGAACCCGUACGAGUGCCGGGAGUGCGGCCAGGCCUUCAGCCAGAGCUCCAACCUCCUCCAGCACCAGCGCGUGCACACGGGCGAGCGGCCCUUCGCCUGCCAGGACUGCGGCCGCGCCUUCAGCCGCAGCUCCUUCCUGCGCGAGCACCGCCGCAUCCACACCGGCGAGAAGCCCCACGAGUGCGGCCACUGCGGGCGCGCGUUCCGGGCGCUGUCGGGCUUCUUCCGGCACCAGCGGCUCCACACGGGCGAGAAGCCGUUUCGCUGCACUGAGUGCGGCCGCGCCUUCCGCCUGAGCUUCCACCUCAUCCAGCACCGGCGGGUGCACGGCGCCGAGUGAGCCGGGGUGCGCGGUGACCAAGUGGCAGAGCCGGCUGCCCGCCUGCCUCUCGGGCUGCGAAAGCCUCGCCGGGGUGCAUCCCCCUUGGCUCUGGGAAGGGGAGGCGCUUCCCCGCGGCAGGGCAGGCCCCAGGGGUCUGUACCCGGCCUGCCACCGCCCGCUGCCGAGACGCCUCCCCUCCCAUGGUCAGCUGCAGCGACUGUCUCAUUUCCUGCGGGGGGCACUGGCCGGUGAUUGAAUCGGUCAUUCCUACAGCCAGGCCUCCAGCAAAACCCUGCAUGGGGCUCGAGCUUUGGGUUGGUGAAGGUGGGGGGUGGUUAGGCAGGGGGCGCCCAGCGAGGGCGUGGAAGCCUUGUGCCCUCCCCCUGUGCUUUGCCCGUGAGCGGUUCAUCCGUGUCUUUUCAGUUAGCUGGUCCAUAUGGUCCCGAUGUGUGUGCUUAGAAAAGUAUGGAGCCUGGCCCGACGCGGUGGCUCCCGCCUGUAAUCCCAGCACUCUGGGAGACCGAGGCGGUGGAUCACAAGGUCAAGAGAUCGAAACCAGCCUGGCCAACAUGGUGA